AAAACAGCCGUUUGCGGUCCCUGAGGAAGAAGCUGGACCUGUGUGAGCGGAGAGCGGGCCGGACUGCACCCGGGGGGCCGCAGCAUUCUGUUCAGAUGUUUCAUGUGCGCCGACAAAAUGAAACGCAAGGUUGCCAGGGUUGCACCUCUAAGGCUCAGUCCUAAUGAAGAAAUGUUACUGCUGAAGCAAGAGCGUGAACGAAGACGUAAGCUUCGUCUGCAGCAGGUCAGAGAGCAGGAAAGGUUCAUCGCCCAGCAAAUCCGCCAGGAUGUCAAGGAAAGGAGAGAGCUACAACUUCAGCAAUUGGCAGAAGAACUGAGGGCUGAGUGGCAAACAGAACAGGAUGAGAAGCUCAGAGAGUUAGAAAAGGUUUACCAGUCUAGUCUGAGAGCAAUUGGUGAGGGACAUAGACAAGCUAAGGAAAAUGAACCGGAUUUGGAAGCUCAUGAAAAACAAGCGGCAGCAAAUAGAAAAAAGGCAGAGAUGAGACAUAGAGAGGCUCUGAAAGAAUUAAAGCAACAUAAAGAAACUGAUCUGAAGGAUCGUAUGUGGCAUAUUAAAGCCCGCAUGAAAGCACUUCAUAUUGAAAAGGAGCGUGCAGCCAAAAUUGCUAGCCUUCCUCCUCCCCCACCAGACCCUCUUGAGAACCUAGAAGUUAUGAAAAAACUUCCAUCAGUGAAGAUCUCCAACAUAGACAACUUCUCUGUGUCUCAUUACCACCUUCCCGAGCCUUACGUGGACCGAGAGAUGGACAGAGAGCAGACAGAUGCCCGGGCUUUAGCUGUUGAGGAAAGCAAGCGUUUGGAUGCAUUACAGAAAGAAGUAGAGAUUGAGAGGAGAGAUCAGUUGGAAAAAGCACAGCUUCGUGGCUCCCAUGCAAUUAAGAUGGUUCAUUUAACACAGGAUCGUGACAAGUUUCUGAAGGAACUGGAACACAUGCAGCAGGACGACCUGGCUCGGCGGAGGCAGAUUGUUUCACAGAUGCCCCAGCAGCUGUUUGAGCCAGCCUAUCGGCGGGCAGAAGUCCUGGAGGAUUGGCAGAGGGAUCUAGAGUCUGCUUUUGAGGAUAUGUACACCCGAGGACAGAAGAUGAAAGGGGACCUGGUUUUACAUUUGAAGCCCCAGCCUUUACCUGUCCCAUCCAUUAAGAGCUUAGAUGAAGAUCUCAAUCUGUCAGUGGAGCCUGAGCUUGUAUCUGAAAGUGAGCCACAGUCUGGGAGCUCAGAGGAAGUGAUAUCGCUGGUAAGACCCCCAGAUGGAAGCCGAGAGCCACAAUCCCGACUUGUAUUAAAGAAAUUGCUAAAUAAAAUUAAAACCCAGAAGGACCAGUGGAGUGCAAAGAGUGAUGCUGAGACUGUCAGUGAUACUUUAGAAUCUGGGUCAUUGCCCAUUAUGAAGGAAGAAUUUGGCAUUCAGCCUGGAACAGAUCAGGAGAGAAACAUGGCUUCUGUGCCAGUGCCCCAGGAUGAUAUGACAGACCAUACAGUUCUUGCUGGAGAUGCUGUCCUUCUUCAUCCUCAGGAGCAGGCCAUGCAAAUCCGAAUGGCAGCAGACAGACAGAAAAAGAUGGAAGAAAUAGAGCGGCAGAAAAAAGAGCAGCUCGAUUUGCUGGAGAGGUUGGAAGAGCAGAGGAAGAGCAUAGAGGCAGAAUUGACAAAAGCAAAACUCGAAGUGCAGGAAGCAAGAAGACUAGAAGAAGAAGGUCAGGCAAAUGCUUGUGUCCAGGAUACCCGGGAGCCAACUGCUGCAGAGCCCGAGCACUUGGAUGUUGUCCCACCUGCCGUUGAAGCGAUCUCUUCCACUGAAAGUCCACACAUCCAGAUAAUUCGGGACUACCAGCAGCGUUUGCUGCAGCAAAAUAGACAGCAUAAGCAAUCUGUAGACGAGGCAAGAAAACGUCUCCAUGAAUACCAGUUGUUUUUGAAAAAGCGUUAUUCUCAUGUGUCUAUCCGGGAAUUUCCAACAGAAAGUCAAAAUGAUACAAAAACCCUGCCAGGCCUUAUUUGCAAGACAAAGGAAUCCUCCCACAUGGUGGUGUUGGAUAAAUCGCAUGAACAAACGGAUUUAAAAACAAGACAAAUGGGUACAUUUAAUGCCCCCUUACUGCCAUCAAUGCCAAUUUCUAGGCAAUCCUCUUUACAGAGUGUGAAGCCAUCUACCACAGUCUGCAGGACACCUGAAUUAGUACAGUCAGAGUCGGCAAGCUUGUCUACUUCACAGGGCCAACAUGUUAAUGUUAGAUCACUAUCAACAUGUCCUGUAACAGAGCAGCAUGGAACCAGGCCACAUGCAUUUACACAUGAGAAGACUCCUGUAAAUUUUGAAAAUACAACUAGCAAGGUCUUAACUGGGAUCAGUGAACUUUUGUACAAUAAAGAAUCUAAUGAGGAAAUAAUUGGUGUAGACAAAGAAGAUCAGUCUCCUGAAGAAAGCAGGGUCAAACCCCAAGACGCAGUCACACAGUCAGAAAGUCAGUCUUCCUUAUCAAGCCUGUGGGACACCUCAUCGGACUCGUACCAUCCACUACCAUCUGUGAUAUCCUUGGGUUUACCGCAUGUAGAAUCAACUGUUUCUGAUACAACAGAGCCGCAGGUGGCACCACAGCCACUUCCUUGGUCAUUUGGAGACUUUUCCAGUGUCCAAGAAUUUAGAGAGAGAUUGAUCUCCUCCACGUCACAGAUUCAGUCUCAACAAGAUCACUUGAAAGAAUUGCAGGGGCAGCUGGAUAAGCAAAGGGAUUCACUUCUGUUCAAACAAAAAAUCCAAGAAGAACAGCUUCUACAAAAGCAGAAGGCAUUGGAAGAACAAAUGAGGAAGCACCAGGAGUCUUUGGAGCAGUACCUUGGUGGGACCACGGAUGGGCAGAGGACUCUCCCUGAUGAUCUGGGUCAAAUGCCGCAAAAAGACUGUUUUUCUCUCAUGUCAUCGCUGUUAAAUGCCUUGGAGGGUGAUGAAGAUAUCCAGUUUGAAAAUGCAGGUGGUUUGUUUAAAGGUCCAGGACGAGAGCAGCGCCGGAGGUCAUCCAAGCCACCAGUGACUAAAACCAAAUUAGGUCCUAUGCUCACACAACAUGAGCUAAGCGCUAUUCUGGAAGUAGAGACGCCAACAAGUGGCAGAUGCUCCAGUGUAGGAGCACCGGAACUGAAAAAGAGCUGGUCAGGCCUUAAGGAUCGACCUGGUGGAGAGGAAUUAUUAAUACCGAAGGAUCAUUACUUAGAGAACAGCAGCAACUCUUCUCUCCUUGAUCUGGAUCUCUCUAGAAUAUCCACUAGUAGCAAAGACAGGAGCUGUAACGACAGCUUAACCAGCCAAAGAAGCCUGCCUAAACUGUCUUGGAGAGAGAUUCUGUCUUUAGAAGCCAAUUCAUCUCAGCUUUUUAAAGACACAGAUCAAUCACAGAAUUCUGAACUUCAAACUGGUAUGCCUAGUUAUCCUUCUAGAGCUGGAAUCGAUUUCCGUGUACCCUCACCAGUCCCAGACCCAUCUCAUUGGUUUAUACCAACAGAUUUAUCUUUAAUGCAGGGGUCUACAGAGCAAAGUAAGCCAGACACCUCAUUCAGUCCGUAUGUUUUGACCCUUGAGCCUUUCAGUGACCAUCUGUCAACGACCACUAUAUCGACUGGAAGUUUUCUAACAAGCGAGAAUUCAGAUAGAAGUCCACUCAACCCAGAAUGUAUCUCUGAUCUUCAGAGAUGUAAUUACUCUAUAAUAAGGCAAAUGCCAGAUACGAGUCCACUACCGGCUGCCACAUGCUGCCCUGUUCCCUCAAGGCUGUCUGAUUCCAAGAGUACAGAAUCCUCCCCAAAUUCAGACGAGCACCGAAGCCAUAUCCAACAAAUCAUUGCGAAAUACACCAAAGAUCUCAGCCUGUCUCUGGAAAGAAACUUGAGCUUUCAUGCUCCUACAGCUGCUGCAGAUGUUUCUGCUGAAGAUGGUAACCAAUACUCUAUGACCUUUCAUCCACUGGAUCCAAAACCAGACUUCAAUAUUUCUACUCCAUCCUACGCACUUUCCGGUAACUCCAGAAGCUCUCAAGGCAGUAACCAGUUCAGUCAGAUUUCACCAAGCAUCCAAGAAAGCUCAUGCCAGCAGAGUCCUAUAUCUUCAAAUCAACACAACAACCAGAGCACCAUUUCAUCUCCUGGUCUGAGGAAUUCUCCGAGUGUGGAAUCAGUAGCCAAAUCACCCACAGAAAUUAAUCAGACUUUAGAUUCCUCUGCAUCAUUCCAUCCGCUUUAUCCUGAAAGGACAUUAAAUGAGACCAAUCCAAUGAUGGAGAAUGAAGACUCUUUCCAGUGUUCUGUUUGUGUAUUGAGUAAUUUAAGCACAAGGACAUUGAACCGAGAAGGCCUAUCUACUUCAUGUGAGACUCCUCAAGAACAGAUCCCUAGCCAUGGCACUCCAACUCCUCCUUCAGUUGAAAUCCUUAGAGGGGGUAAUGAAAAUCUGAUUGAAGACCAUGGCUCUUUCCAUACCUUAUUAGCCACACAAACCACUAUAAGUGAUUCUGUCUUGUCUGAACACCCAAUUACUGAUUUAUCGGUUAAAAAGAAUGGAUCACCCUAUCAGUUUAAAGCAUUUUACACACAUAAAGACCUCAAAGUGGACGGAUUCACAGAAAUAAACUAUAUACCUGACCAAGAGAAAUGUGAAAGAUCUGUACAUCUCAAACAAAAUUUCCCUCCCAGGAUCGCAUUGGUGGCGGAAUGCGAUUCUUCAAGCCAAACAAAGUCUGAGAUAUUUUCAGAUGGAAUUCACACAGAAUCUUCUAUCAGUAAUUCUUCAGUCAACCCUCUUACUCUUUUUCCCAGAAGUUGUUCUACCUUCUCCUUGGCAAGCCAUAUUAGUGAAUGGGGCAAGGGGUCUGUUUGUGGAAUCAUGGAAGAACCUGACUUGACGCUAGUGAGUUUAAAUGACAGCAGUGUUGUAGGUUCUGAACCUUUUACCAGUGCACUGAUUGCAUCUAAACAUUGUGAAGAACAGAGCUCUGUCGAGAGUGGAUUUCACCCUUUAACCGCGGAAGUGGAUGCAUCUGGGGUCACCCUUCCAGACUGGUCCUCUGCAGGUCUCUGUGUUACAGACACGUCUUUAUCACAGCACUUUACAGAAAUGAACCUAGAGAUUUCAUCCUCCUCUGGCAAUCUGCAAGAAGCUUUUUUAAGUAAGAAAAAAGAUUUUGUAGAGAGAUCCACAAAAAGACUUGAAAAUCUAAAACAAAAAGAUGGAACAUCAAAUAAAACAAACUUUAAUCCUUCCAUAAAUCCUGCUUCAACCAAACCUCUGGAGCUCUCCAAUAAUUCUGCUCCGGCAGCCCUGUCUGACGUUGGACAGUUGAAGAAAGUAGUUGAAGUCAGAGUGUGCUCCCCAGAGGACCGUAAACUGAUGGAACUAGAGAUGCAGCAGAGGACUAUACGGUUAUAUAAUCAGCUUGAUGAAGUCAAAGCCAGGAAAGAGGAGAUGAUGCGACAGAAAUCCUAUGCCAAAAAUCGGGAAAAGGCUAAAGAAUUUAAGAAGAAAACCUUGGAAAAGUUGAGAUCAAAAAAGAUACAGUGACUUCGGAUUUUGCAAUAAAUUCAGACAUUUGUUUACAUUUUUUUUUUACUGACAUUUUAUCAACCAUGGCUCACUAUGGAGAAAAAUAAUUUCUGUAUUUUAGAAUUCAUUUAUCUGAAACGAAUGACGACACUUGGUAUCCAAGAGAGAUUUAUUUAUUAUUUUUACGUUUUCUAUGUCUUUCGAGAAAUUUAAUUAGGUCAAAUAUUUUGUGUUUUUUGCUGACCUUUAUUGUAGUUAAUGCUGUUUGUUUGUUUUUAAAAACAAAUAUAUUUUUUUGAUUAACAGAAAUACACUUUGACACUGCAAAUUACUUCUGGAAAAGCACUGUCAGUUUCUCCCUGUGCAUAUUAAUGUUUCCCAUGAUGUGAGCAUGUCUUGCCUGUAUCCACAAGCUGUAGAAGCAGGUUCUCCAAAUUCUCCCAUCUUCGGUUCACAAACCUUAUCUCCAUUCAUCUCAGAGAAGAACUGGUCGGUCUCUGUGAAAUUCUGACAGAGUAUUUCUGAUGUAGGCACAAACAAAUAUUUAUUAAAGCAGGCAGUAUGAGUGAAGUUGAUUUGCAUGAAGCGCAUUUUCAGUUUAUAUAAAAGACAAUUGCUAUGUCAUU